CCCCACCCCCCUGCCCGGAUUCGGGGCCGAAGCCGGGUCUCGGGCUCGGUCUCGCGGUGUUUCCAACGCCCCGAAGAGGUGCCACCUCUCCGCCAGAGGAUCGUGGCGCGGGGACCAGAGCGGGUGUGUGGGAGCGGGAGCCGGGCUUGGCCCGAGCCGCUGGCCGUGUAAAUGAGCAAAGAUGGAUCAGGAAGGUGGGGGAGAUGGGCAGAAGGCCCCGAGCUUCCAGUGGCGAAACUACAAGCUCAUCGUGGAUCCUGCCUUGGACCCUGCCUUGCGCAGGCCUUCUCAAAAGGUGUACCGCUAUGAUGGAGUUCACUUCAGUGUCAACGACUCAAAGUAUAUACCAGUUGAAGACCUCCAGGACCCCCGCUGCCACGUCAGGUCCAAAAACAGAGACUUUUCCCUCCCUGUCCCUAAAUUUAAGCUGGAUGAGUUCUAUAUCGGACAGAUCCCACUGAAGGAAGUGACCUUCGCUAGGCUGAACGAUAAUGUGCGGGAGACUUUUCUGAAGGAUAUGUGCCGAAAGUAUGGCGAGGUGGAAGAGGUGGAGAUCCUUCUUCACCCCCGCACUCGCAAGCACCUGGGCCUGGCCCGCGUGCUCUUCACCAGCACUCGGGGAGCAAAGGAAACAGUCAAAAACCUCCACCUUACCUCUGUCAUGGGCAACAUCAUCCAUGCCCAGCUUGACAUCAAAGGACAACAGCGAAUGAAGUACUAUGAACUGAUUGUCAAUGGUUCCUACACCCCCCAAACAGUGCCCACCGGGGGCAAGGCCCUGAGUGAGAAGUUCCAGGGCUCUAGUGCAGCCCCUGAGACGACCGAAUCCCGCCGCCGCUCCUCUUCUGACACAGCAGCCUACCCAGCAGGCAGCGCUGUGGUGGGCACCCCUGGCAAUGGCACCCCCUGCUCCCAGGACACAAGCUUCUCCAGCAGCCGACAAGACACCCCAUCUUCCUUCGGCCAAUUUACCCCUCAGUCCUCCCAAGGAACCCCCUACACGUCUCGGGGCAGCACCCCCUACUCUCAGGAUUCUGCCUAUUCCAGCAGCACUACUUCAACCUCCUUCAAGCCCCGGCGGUCAGAGAACAGUUACCAAGAUUCCUUUUCCCGCCGCCAUUUCUCUGCUUCUUCCGCCCCCACUACCACCUCUGCGGCCGUCUCAGCCACCACUGCAGCCACUGCUGCAUCCUCCUCCUCUUCCUCCUCGUUGUCCUCGUCCUCCUCGUCGACUUCUUCCUCGUCUUCUCAUUUUCGUGGUUCUGACUCAAACUACCCAGCAUAUUAUGAAAGCUGGAAUCGCUACCAGCGCCAUGCUUCCUACCCACCCCGCCGGGCCACUCGAGAGGAGCCUCCUGGGGCCCCUUUUGCUGAAAAUGCAGCUGAGCGCUUCCCGCCUUCCUACACCUCCUACCUGCCCCCUGAGCCCAGCCGGCCCACUGACCAGGACUACCGGCCUCCUGCCUCGGAGGCCCCACCCCCGGAGCCUCCAGAACCUGGUGGAGGUGGGGGGCCUGGGGGGCCCAGCCCUGAGAGAGAAGCAGCCCGGACCUCCCCCCGUCCAGCCUCACCUGCCCGUUCCGGCUCCCCAGCACCAGAGACUACCAACGAGAGUGUGCCCUUCGCUCAACACAGCAGCCUGGAUUCCCGCAUAGAAAUGUUGCUGAAGGAACAGCGCUCCAAGUUUUCUUUCCUGGCCUCUGACACAGAGGAGGAGGAAGAGAACAGCAGUGCAGGCCCUGGGGCUAGAGACACGGGGAGUGAGGUGCCUUCUGGGUCAGGUCACGGGCCCUGCACACCCCCUCCAGCCCCAGCUAAUUUUGAGGAUGUGGCUCCUACAGGGAGUGGGGAACCAGGGGCUACCAGGGAGUCUCCCAAGGCCAACGGACAGAGCCAGGCUUCUCCAUGCUCUUCCGGAGAGGACAUGGAGAUCUCCGAUGACGACAGGGGUGGCUCACCCCCUCCAGCCCCAACGCCCCCCCAGCAGCCUCCUCCCCCACCCCCUCCUCCCCCUCCUCCCCCUCCUUAUCUGGCUUCCCUUCCUCUUAGUUACCCUCCCCACCAACCUGCCUACCUCCUCCCACCCCGACCCGAUGGGCCCCUACCCCCUGAGUACCCACCACCUCCUCCACCGCCCCCCCACAUCUAUGACUUUGUGAACUCCCUGGAGCUGAUGGAUCGACUCGGGGCUCAGUGGGGAGGGAUGCCCAUGUCCUUCCAGAUGCAGACCCAGAUGUUGACCCGGCUCCACCAGCUGCGGCAGGGCAAGGCGUUGACUGCUGCUUCAGCUGGUCCCCCUGGCGGGGCCUUUGGGGAGGCCUUCCUCCCUUUCCCGCUCCCCCAAGAGGCAGCCUAUGGUUUGCCCUAUGCUUUAUAUACACAAGGGCAAGAAGGCCGAGGGGCAUACUCCCGGGAGGCCUACCACUUGCCUUUGCCCCUGGCAGCCGAGCCCUUGCCCUCCUCCUCAACCUCAGGAGAAGAGGCCCGGCUGCCUCCCAGGGAGGAAGCAGAGCUGGUAGAGGGCAAGACCCUUCCAUCAGCGGGCACGGUGGGUCGUGUUCUGGCCACCCUAGUCCAAGAGAUGAAGAGCAUCAUGCAGCGAGACCUCAACCGCAAGAUGGUAGAGAAUGUAGCCUUUGGAGCCUUUGACCAGUGGUGGGAGAGCAAGGAAGAAAAGGCCAAGCCAUUCCAGAAUGCUGCCAAACAGCAAGCCAAGGAGGAGGAUAAAGAGAAGACAAAGCUCAAGGAACCAGGUCUGCUGUCCCUUGUCGACUGGGCCAAGAGUGGAGGUACCACAGGCAUUGAGGCCUUUGCUUUCGGGUCAGGACUGCGAGGAGCCCUGCGGCUACCUUCUUUCAAGGUAAAGCGGAAAGAACCAUCAGAAAUUUCAGAGGCCAGUGAGGAAAAGAGGCCCCGGCCCUCCACCCCAGCUGAGGAAGAUGAAGAUGACCCUGAGCAAGAGAAGGAGGCUGGAGAGCCAGGACGUCCAGGGACCAAGCCCCCAAAGCGAGACGAAGAGAGAGGCAAGACCCAGGGCAAGCACCGCAAGGCCUUUGCUCUGGAUAGCGAAGGGGAGGAGGCAUCCCAGGAGUCUUCCUCAGAGAAGGACGAAGAGGAGGAUGAGGAAGAUGAGGAAGAUGAAGAGCGAGAGGAGGCCAUGAGUACCACUAAGAAGGAGACAGAGGCAUCAGAUGGCGAGGAUGAGGAAAGCGAUUCGUCUUCCAAAUGUUCUCUCUACGCUGACUCAGAUGGUGAAAGUGAUAGCACGUCAGGCUCUGGGAGCAGCAGCUCGUCUAGCUCCUCGUCUUCCUCUUCCUCCUCCUCUUCGGCCUCCUCGUCCUCUUCCUCCUCCUCUUCUGAGUCUUCCUCCGAAGAAGAAGAGGAAGAAGAGCCACCAGCGACCAUCCCCUCCACCUCACCGCCCCCCAGAGAAGCCCCAGCACCCCUGCCGGCACCUGUGGAGGAGCCCAAGCCCGAGAGGGUUGCAGGCUCGCCAGUCACCCCUCUCCCUGAAGAGGAGAAAGUACCAGCAAAGCCUGCAGAUUCCACUGAGGAACUACUUCCCAGUGUGCCCCAGCCUCCCCCAGAGCCACCAGCUGCACCCCCAGCCCCUGCCCCACGCCCCAACGAGCGCCCGUCCUCUCCUAUACCCCUUCUGCCCCCACCCAAGAAACGCCGGAAAACCGUCUCCUUCUCCACCAUGGAGGAGACACCGGCCCCAGAGCCGCCCCCAGCUGCCCCGCCCCGGGUCAAGUCUCCUGGCCCAGUCUCUCGCAAAGUCCCCCGGGGUGUUGAGCGGACCAUUCGCAACCUGCCCCUGGACCACGCGUCUCUGGUCAAGAGCUGGCCUGAGGAUGUGUCUCGAGGAGGUCGGAGCCGGGCUGGAGGCCGAGGUCGCUCCACCGAGGAAGAGGAGGCUGAGCCAGGGACAGAGGUGGACCUGGCCGUGCUGGCCGACCUGGCCCUGACCCCUGCUCGACGUGGGCUGGCUGCCCUGCCACCUGGCAACGACUCGGAGGCCACGGAGACAUCGGAUGAGGCAGACCGCCUAGGGCCUCCGCUCAGCCACAUCCUUCUGGAGCAUAACUAUGCCCUGGCUGUGAAGCCCACGCCCUCUACGCCGGCCCCUCGGCCCCUGGAGCCCGUGCCCGCCCCGGCUGCCCUCUUCAGCUCCCCAGCCGACGAGGUCCUGGAGGCCCCUGAGGUUGUGGUGGCUGAGGCAGAGGAGCCCAAGCAGCAGCCACAGCAAGAAGAGGGUGAGGAGGAAGAGGAAGAGGAAGAAGAGGAGUCCGAGUCGUCAGAGAGCAGCAGCAGCAGCAGCAGCGAUGGGGAGGGGGCCCUCCGGCGGCGCAGCCUCCGUUCUCAUGCCCGGCGCCGGCGACCGCCCCCGCCGCCACCCCCACCCCCGCCUCCCUCCUAUGAACCCCGCAGUGAGUUUGAGCAGAUGACUAUCCUGUAUGACAUUUGGAACUCUGGCCUGGACUUGGAGGACAUGGGCUACUUGCGGCUCACCUAUGAGCGGCUGCUGCAGCAGACCAGCGGGGCUGACUGGCUCAACGACACCCACUGGGUCCAUCAUACCAUCACCAACCUGAGCACUCCAAAACGUAAGCGGCGGCCCCAGGACGGGCCCCGGGAGCACCAGACAGGCUCAGCCCGCAGCGAAGGCUAUUACCCCAUCAGCAAGAAGGAAAAGGACAAGUACCUGGACGUGUGCCCUGUCUCAGCCCGGCAGCUGGAAGGAAUGGACACGCAGGGGACCAACCGCGUGCUUUCAGAGCGCCGGUCUGAGCAGCGGCGACUGCUGAGUGCCAUUGGCACCUCAGCCAUCAUGGACAGCGAUCUGCUGAAGCUGAACCAACUCAAGUUCCGGAAGAAGAAGCUCCGGUUCGGCCGAAGCCGGAUCCAUGAGUGGGGUCUGUUUGCCAUGGAGCCCAUUGCAGCCGAUGAGAUGGUCAUUGAGUACGUGGGUCAGAACAUCCGCCAGAUGGUGGCUGACAUGCGGGAGAAGCGCUAUGUGCAGGAGGGCAUUGGCAGCAGCUACCUGUUCCGUGUGGACCACGACACCAUCAUCGACGCCACCAAGUGCGGCAACCUGGCCAGGUUCAUCAACCACUGCUGCACGCCCAACUGUUACGCCAAGGUGAUCACCAUUGAGUCCCAGAAGAAGAUUGUGAUUUACUCUAAGCAGCCCAUUGGCGUGGAUGAGGAGAUCACAUAUGACUACAAGUUCCCCUUGGAGGACAACAAGAUCCCGUGUCUGUGCGGCACCGAAAGCUGCCGAGGCUCCCUCAACUGAGUUGGGGCAGGACUGGUGCCCCCAUCCCUAUUUAUUCCCCUUUGGUGCCCUGAGCUCCCAGAACCACCCCCCACCCCCAGCUUUAGUGGGUUCAGCCAGGCCCACCUGCCGCCAGCUCCAAGCAUGGAGUUUGAGGGCCCCGAGCCCAGCGAGGGAGCCUCAGUUCCCCGAGGCAGCCACUGCCUCCCCUGUUGCCCCUGCCCACCCUUCCCUUCCCUUGAUUUUUUUUCUUUGCGGAGAAGAAGCUGUAAAUGUUUUGUAGCUGCCAGCAGCUGUUUCCUGUGGAAACCUGGGGUGCCGGCUUGUACAGAUCCUGUUCUUUGGGGGCUGCAUAGCCCCCUUGCUUUGUGUUAAUGGGGACUUCCUCUUUGUGCCCUGUGUGCACCCCUCCCCAGUUUGGGGGUCUCUAGGGGCAGUGGCCAUGUUCUCCCCCUGGGGGGGGGGCCCUGCGCCCCCAGGUCCUGGGGAUUCCGUGCCUGGAACCCUGCCUCAUUUUCUGUUCCUGCCAGACCCUAUGGGCCCCCCUCCCACCCUGUGUCUGGAGUUUGGCCUGGCUCAGUCAGGCCAGGGGUGAGGGGUGGGCCCUUCCUGUCGGGCUGGAUUGUACAUAUGUUAAUAGCCCAACACCACAUUUUUAUAAUUGUGAUUAAACUUUAUUGUACAAAA